UGUUGAUAUGCGGUUGUAGAAAAAUCGUCAACCCGCUCCCUGUGCGGAUCUUACUCAUAAUAUAAUCAACUGACGGACUGUCAGAGGUAGCUUUGGCUGAGCUUUUCCUUGUGUACUCGUAUGCUUGUAUUACUAUCAAUAUAAGGGCAUAUAGAUAGUCACGCAUACUCCACACAACGAGUUGGUGAGGAAAUGGCACCUGCAAGCGAGGAAUCCGACGCCUUGGAGAAAAGCUUGAAGGAUCUGAAGCUAACGAAUGAGGAGAUGAACAAAUUUGAAAAAGCAUUCAAGGAUCCCGAGUUCCUUAAGCUGUUCGAGGAGUAUGCGAAAGAAGUUUCCGACCCGAAGGUCAAGGCUGAAACCGACCAGUACCUCCGCCAGCUUGAACAGCAAGGCCGGGGGGAGGACGUGUACGGCAAGGGGGUACAACUUGUCGUACCAACGGCCGGGCUGGUUAUCAAGACCAAGAUUCUUAGUACAGCUAACGGCAACAGUACGGCAAGCAGCGGCAAGCAGGAAGGCGCGGCUGUGAAGCAGCAGGGCGGCAGUGGUGGCAAGGAGGGCGCUGCUGCUGGCUUUACCGUGGGCCAGAGGGUGUUUAUAAACGUCUGCACCAGCGACAAGGUUGCCCGCUACAGUCUGGAGCCCGCUCGGGACGCCAGCGGCCGGGUUGGCAGGAAGCUGAGCAUCCCCCUCACCCUGGGGCCCCUGCGCAUGGGAACUGAUAAGCAGGGCCAGCCCGCUGCUGUGUACGAUUUUGUCGUACAUCCCGAGUCGCUGGAGUUUGCGACCAGCAACGAGGCGGCCAUGGGCUCCCUAGCGGAGACGGCUCUGGAGCAGGUGGAGACGGUGAGCCGCUGCCGACUGGGUCGCCAGUGGCGCCGCCUCAACACGCGCUUCAAAGCCACGGAGGGCUGUACGGAACCUCCCGUACAGUGCAUCCGUACGGCGACCUCGGAAUCGGAAGGUGGAGGUGCAGGAGGGGCGGAGGCGGUGGAGGGCAGGCUGAGGCCCAAGCCGGACGUGCCGGGGGUUGAGCUGCCAGGGCAGCAACCGCGACCGGCGUCCGCUGCGGCACCGGGCGGUGCUGCUGCUGCUGCAGUGGCUGGGAAGGGCGCAGAGGCGGGGAAGAAGGUGGACGGAGGGGCAGGAGGUCGCAGCGGGUUUUCGUUUGACCGCCCUAAGGACAAGGCGAAGCAGGCGGCACAGCAGCAGCAGCAGGAGGAGAUCAAGGACCCCGCCCAGCCCGGCUACCGGCACCCUGACGGAUCAACCACCCCGCAGUGGCAGCUGGUGCACCGCGGGGAGACGGAUCUGGCGGAGGCAUGGGGCGACGCGGGACGGGGGCUGGCAGUGGGGUUCAGCGUACCCAAGGAGCUGCUGGUGCGGGUGACGCUGCCCGAGGUCGCCUCGGCAGCCGCUGUGGACCUGGACGUGGGGCCGCGCAGGAUAACACUCAAGGUGCCCGGCCGCUACCUCCUGGACGCGCCCCUGCCCUUCUCGGUUGACGACAGCAAGGGCAAGGCGCGGUUCGAUAAGGCGCGCAAGCAGCUCGAGAUCACGCUGCCCGUGCUGCCGCCGCCGCCCCCGCCGCGACCCACGGUUCCCAUAGCGGUGUCAUCGCCGCCACCACCGUCGCAGGCAGCAGAAGCGGAAGCGGCGGCAUCCACAUCCGCGCCUGAGCCUGAGCCUGUACGGCAGCCUCACAGUACGGCAGCGGAGGAGCAUGGGAGCUCCUCAUAUGGGUAUACUCCUGGGGUAACGGAGGGGUCAGAAGCAGUAGCAGCUGCUGCUGCAACGGCAGCGGCAGCAAGCGGUGGUGGCGAGGUGCUGUCAGAGGAAGGCCCAGCAUCGGCAGCAGGAGAGGUGCGAGAACAACAACAUACGCAGCCGCGGCAGCAGCAGCAAUCAGCGCAGCGUGAUCUAACGGAGAAUGAACGCAAAUGGUUGGAGCUCCACUCAAAACAGCAUCAGCAGCAGCAACAGUCAUCGCAGCAGCAAGAGGAAGCUGGGCCACAAGGUGCGGUUGGAGGCUCCGUUGCUGCUGGCGCUGCUGCGGCUGCUGGGGCUGCUGCUGCUGCCGGGGUGGGUGCGGUUACCAGCGAGGAGGUUGAGGCGGCGACUGUGAUGCUGGCGCCUCGGUUGCGUCGUGAUCUCGCCAUGGAGCUUGAUUGAGGCGCGGGUUGCAGCACGUUAAGGGCGAAUAGCUUGCUCGCCAGCUGAGAUCUGGGGUGUGUAUACCGUGCGUGCGUGCGGGGCGAGUAGCUCCUCGGAGAGCGUGCAUGCAUUGUGUCGAUCAUGCGAGUUGCAGCGGUUGUUACGUCUAGGGAGUGGCUGGCAGAGUGGGAGUAGCAGAAGUUUGCGCUUAAGCUGUACACGCUGUGGGUAAGACGCAUGUCAUGAUGGACGCAUCGAACAUUCUUGUGGCGCACACGUACACAAAAAGAACGAUGGAGCCUUGUUGUGCUCUUGGCUAAGCACGCGCGAUGACGCUAUCCAGUGGCUUGGACUGCAGGGAGCUUUCAUUUGCAGGUGACAUUGCACCCUUGCAGCUGUACAUUGCCU